UAUAUAGUAGUAAUUAAUAAUAAACAGCCAGAAAAUAAAAUAAAAUUUGGAAUUAGGAAGAAGCGGAACUGAAAGGGAAAUUAUUAUGAAUUGAAUUUGCGUCGAACGAAACGAAGCCUUUGUUUUCACCGAGUCCGAGUCCGAGUCCGAGUCCGAGUUGACUCAUCCAUCUAUUCUCUUCUCUCCGACGGCACAAACACUCUUGUGUUUGUUACAACAAAUCAACCCUAACCUCAUUGAUUUGUUCACCCUUUUCUUUUCUUCUUCCAUUUGCGACUGUAAAUUGUUCUCAGUGCACCCUCCCACACCUGAUUCCAAUCCUGUGGAUCUGGGUGCUCUCAAACUGGCUAUGGAUUACGAACCAUACGACAGUAGCGGAACCGAUGAUGAUCUUCCGCCAACCCAUCAAAAUAGAAUUCCCAGGGGAGGACGUAUUGCUGGGAAUGGAAGAUCCGCUGUUGGUUCAAUACCAUACCCCAGGGUGUAUGGUGAAAUUGAUAUGGAAACACAAAUUCAUCAACUUGAGCAGGAAGCAUACAGUUCGGUUCUGAGAGCCUUUAAAGCUCAAGCUGAUGCAAUUACUUGGGAGAAAGAAAGUUUGAUUACAGAACUGAGAAAGGAGCUGAGAUUAUCUAAUGAGGAACACAGAGAACUCCUUGGUCGGGUUAAUGCGGAUGACACGAUACGGAGGAUAAGGGAAUGGAGACAGACAGGUGGCCAUCAGCCCGGCGUACUGAGUACUGGUCAAGCUCUACAUGAUUCAAUUCCAAGUCCAACCGUUUCUGCAUCUCGCAAAAAGCAGAAGAUUACACCAUCCGUACCAUCACGUUCUUUUGGUGGGCCUUCUCCCCCAUUUCACCCCCAAACGGUGGCUGCACCCCACCAGCCAUCUUCUUCUGCACCAAAACGAGGAUCUGUUCCUGGAUCAAAGGGAAAGAAGCAAAAGCCUGGUCAAAUAUUACCUGGUGUAUCUUCAGCAAAGCAGUUUCCUCCUUUGGGACCAGGUGGAAGGAAUCAAGUACCUAAUAGAGCUGUCAUGGGUGAGCUUGCUGAGGGAGGAUCAUUUGGUACACUGAUCGGUAGGAGAGUGCGGACAAGAUGGCCUGACGACAAUAACUUCUAUGAAGCUGUUAUCUCUGAUUACAAUCCAAAUGAUGGACGGCAUAAUCUGGUCUAUGACAUGGGGACUGCAAAUGAAACUUGGGAAUGGGUUAAAUUGUCAGAGAUAUCUCCUGAAGAUAUUCAGUGGGUAGGUGAGGAUCCUGGAAUUAACCAGCGUGGGGGUUUUGGGGGCUCUGGUCAUGGAAUGAAUAGGUCUGUAGGGCGUGAUAGUGUUCCGGGAAUUGGAAGAGGUAGAGGGGUUCCAAAGGGUCAAUCUAGAAAAGAUUUCUUGUCAUCACAGAAUGGCGUGUUAAAGAAGGCUCCUGAUGAUAUUCAGAUACUUCACACAGACACACUAAUAAAGGAGGUGGAGAGGGUAUUUAGUGCAAAUCAUCCUGAUCCCCUUGAAAUUGAGAAAGCGAAGAAAGUAUUGAAGGAUCACGAGCAGGCUCUUGUUGAUGCACUUGCAAGACUUGCUGAUCUUUCUGAUGGUGAAAGUGAUGGGGCUGGCCACCAUUUCCCACGUGGUCAAUCAAUGGAGUGAGAAUGAUGGUAGAACUUGUUACUUUGUACAAUGAGCAGAUGAGGCAUUAUGGUAGCAUAACUACGGAAAAAUGGUGUAUUUUUUCUUGUAUUAUUAUGACAAAAAGACACUAUUAAGAGUUUAUAGCACUAGGCAUGAUCUUGUGGAUUAGGUAUUCUGUAGGACGAUAAUUGGUGUAGUUUGGUAUUAAUUAUUUAUUAUUGAGUUUAAAAGUUGACCUAGGGCCAAUUGAUACUUGUUUAAUACUCCAUUAACUUUAGUCAUUACGUGUGUUAGUGUAUAAAUUCUUGUAUUUUGAUGUGUCAAAAUUGGUGUCCACUCCCUUUGACA